AUGGCUUCACAACUCACGGAACCGCAUAUCUACCACCCUCAAGACGCCCUUGGCGCGGCCGUCAAGGCUACUGCUCUCACGGGAGGAUUCGGUCUCUUCGCUUCCGCCGUUCAAAACACUCUGGCCAAGGAGAAUGUCGGAUCCUUAGGUAUCUUUUUUAGAACUGGCAGCACAAUUGCUAUUUUCGCGGCGAUGGGUGGUACAUAUUCAUUCGUGCGAACAGCAUCAGCCAACCUUCGAGAAACCAACGAUACCUACAAUACUGCUUUGGGUGGAUUCUUUGCCGGAUCUAUUCUUGGACUUCGAGCACGAAGCUUCCCCGCGGUAUUCGGAUACGGAACCGCUCUGGCAGUGACCUUGGCUGGUUUUGAGUACACCGGAGGCUCGCUUUCUGGAAAGGAGAAAGACCACAACUUAGACAAAUACGCGGAAUUAGAAAGGAUACGGACAAAUUACCGGACUCCAGCAGAGCAGACAAUCGCAGAGCUAGGUGAAGGACGAGGUAUUUAUGGUCCUGGAUAUGCUGAGCGUCGUCGUGAGAGAAUCAAGGAAGCAUAUGGCAUUGACGUUCCCGCCACACCCGCUCCAGCGUCGUAA